CCCACCCGGGGACUUCCUGUUCCUCUCCGGGCAGGUGUAGCUGCUGUGGCGGCGAGACCAACACCCUGACCCCGUCAUGGAUGGGGGAGCAGGGCCCGGACUCCCUGACUUCCUGACCGGGAGUCUGGCCACCUGGGCCUUGGGACUGGCCGCGCUGGUGGGGGAGGCGGAGGAACAGGAAGAGGUGGACGAGUCGGAGGGUGAAGAGGAGGGAGAGGGGUCCCUGGGCUCGGAGAAGACUUUCCUGAGGCUGAGCGAUGGGGCUCUGCUCCUCCGAGUGCUGGGCAUCAUCGCCCCCAGUUCCAGAGGGGGGUCUCGGAUGGCCCCAGGCCGCGAUGGUGCCGCAACCUGGCGCGUGCGGAACCUGAACCACCUGUGGGGCCGUCUAAGGGACUUCUACCAGGAGGAACUGCAGUUGCUGAUCCUGUCGCCACCCCCGGACCUCCAGACGCUGGGCUUUGACCCCUUCUCAGAGGAGGCGGUGGAAGCGCUGGAAGGCAUCCUUCGGCUGCUGCUAGGGGCGUCCGUGCAGUGUGAGCACCGGGAACUCUUCAUCCGUCACAUUCAGGGCCUCAGCCUCGAGGUGCAGAGCGACCUGGCCGCUGCCAUCCAGGAGGUGACCCAGCCUGGGGCGGGCGUGGUGCUGGCAUUGGCGGGAUCGGAUCCCGGGGAGCUGACGCCCGCCGAGCUGGAGGUUCGGUGUCGCAGCCUGAUGGGGGCGCUGCUGCGAUUGGCGCGCGAGCGGGACCUGGGGGCGCAGAAGUUGGCCAAGCUGCUGCUGGAGCGAGAGGAAGCCCCCUUGGCGCCUACACCCCCAGCUAGGACUCCCCCGGAGGGUCCCUCGCACCAUCUGGCCCUGCAGCUGGCCAACGCCAAGGCCCAGCUGCGGAGACUGCGGCAGGAGCUGGAGGAGAAGGCGGAGCUGCUGCUAGACUCCCAGGAGGAGGUGCAAGGCUUGGAGGCCGAGAUUCGAAGGCUGCGGCAAGAGACCCAGGCGCUGUCGGGACAGGCCAAGCGGGCUCAGCUGUACCGCGAGGAGGCAGAGGUGCUGCGGGAGCGGGCCGGCCGCCUGCCCCGCCUUCAGGACGAGCUGCGGCGCUGCCGGGAGCGGCUGCAAGCUGCGGAGAGCUGCAAGGGGCAGCUGGAGGAGGAGCGGGUGCUCUCGGAGGCCCUGGAGGCCUCGAAGGCGCUGCUGGAGCAGCAGCUGGAGGCGGCCCAGGAGCGCUGUGCGAGGCUACACGAGACCCAGCGUGAGAACCUGCUGCUGCGGACCCGGCUGGGCGAGGCCCAUGCGGAGCUGGACUCUCUGCGGAGUCAGGUGGAGCAGCUGGCCGAGGAGAAUGCGGAGCUGGAGCUGGAGCUUCGGCGGAGCCUGGAGCCCCCGCCGGGUUCUCCUGCGAAGACACCCCCGCCCGGAGCACCCCCCUCCCUCCUUGACGAAGUGCGGGAGGUUGAGGUGGGGCGGCUGCGGACCCUGGAGCGGGAGAACCAGGAGCUUCGAGGGCUGUUACAGGUGCUGCAGGGGCAGCCCCGUGGCCAGAGCCCUCUGCUGGAGGAGCAGAGGGAAGACUCCCCAGUCCCAGAGCUGGACGCUGUUUCCCAGACUGGCCAGGCCUUGGAAGCUGCAGCCUCAGCCCUUGAGGGGUCAGCCGAGUGUUCCCAAUGCCGGGCCUCGGACUCAGUGCCACCUGUGCUGGAGGGGCCCGUCCAGGGGGCUGUCGUGGCCCCCCAGACCUCAGAUUCAGCACCACAAGAGUCAGGCCCCACUGUGGUGACCCCGGAGUCCCUGGAGAUGGCUGGCUGUGGGGAUACUCUCGUGACCCCCAGUGCCAUGGCCACAGCCCAGGCUGCAGAAGUCACGAUCCAGGCCCGGCUCUGCGUGGGAGGAGAGACGGAGGUGGUGCCCGCGGCGGCUCAGGUUCUGAGGCGGGACCCUGGUCACCAGACCGGACGCUCGGAGCUCAGCCUGUGCGAGCAGCUGGGGGAGCAGGAGACGCUGGGCCAGGGGCUGGACAGGCCUGAGGGGCAAACGGAGGCCAGAGCGCGGGAACUGAGGCUGGAGGAGAAGGCCAGAGCAACUGCAGGAGACCCAGCCCAGCAGUGCCCGGGGCCCCCGGAGGGGCUGGAGACUAAUGUCCUGGAACAGGAGGCCCUCAAGGGGGAGGUGGCACGGCUGCAGAGAGAGGCUGAGACUCUCCAAGCUGAGCUGGAGGCCCAGGCCCGGAGGUUGGAGGCCCGAGGCACAGAGGUGGCCCGCCUCUCCGAGGAGCUGGCCCAGGUGCAGCGGGCAGAGGCUGAGGCCCACCAGGAGGCUGAGGUCCAGGCCCGGGAGCUGGCAAGGCUGCGGGAGGCAGUGGAGGUGGCUGGCCGGGAACUGGAGGCAGCCUCUCGAGAGCGGGAGGCCUUGGCAGAGGCCCUGACGGCAGCGGGCAGGGAGCGGAGACAGUGGGAGCGCGAGGGGCCCCGGCUGCGGGCCCGGGCUGAGGAGGCCGAGCAGCGGCUGCAGGCGCUGGAGAGCGAGGGCCGGAGGCAGUUGGAGGAGGCGGCGAGGGAGCAAGGAGAGAAGCAGGCCCUGGCCCAGGAACUGGAGAGAGCCGUGCUGCGGAGCCAGGAGCUGGGGGCCCGGCUGGAGAGCCUGCAGGGGGAGCUGGAGCGGGCAGCUCUGGAGCGCCAGGAUUUUGUGCGGCUGCAGGAGAGUCAGCAGCAGAGGUACCAGGGGCUGGAGCAGCGGCUGGAGGCUGAGCUGCAGGCAGCCGCCAGCAGCAAGGAGCAGGCCCUGCAGGAGCUCAAGGCCAGGGCUGUGCAGCUGGAGGAGGAGCUGUUCCAGCUACGCCAGGGCCCUGCCGGGCUGGGGUGCGGGGAGCAUGCGGAGCCCAGGUUCCCAGAGGCUCAGAGCGGGCGGCUCAUCGAGGUGGAGCGCAGCAACGCGACGCUGGUGGCUGAGAAGACGGCUCUGCAAGGGCGGCUGCAACAGAUGGAGGGCGAGCUGGGGCGGCUGCAGGGACGGGCCCAGGAGCUGCUGCUGCAGAGCCAGCAGGCCCAGGAGCACAGCAGCCGGCUGCAGGCCGAGAAGUCCAUGCUGGAGGUCCAGGGCCAGGAGCUGCACCGCAAGCUGGGCGAGCUGGAGGAGGAGGUGCGGACAGCUCGCCGGACACAGGAGGAGAGCAGCGGGCGGCAGCGCGCAUUGCUGCGGGACCAUGAGGCCCUGGCGCAGCUGCAGCGGCGGCAGGAGGCCGAGCUCGAGGGUCUGCUGCUCCGCCACCGCGACCUCAAGGCCAACAUGCGGGCGCUGGAGCUGGCCCACCGCGAGCUGCAGGGCCGGCACGAGCAGCUGCAGGCGCAGAGGGCCGGGGUGGAGGCGCAGGAGGCGGCCCUGCUGGCCGAGCGCGAGCGGCUGAUGCGGGACAGCCACCGGCAGCGGGACCUGGAGGAGGAGCUGCGGAGGCUGCAGGCCGAGCACGACAGAGCCCAGAUGCUGCUGGCCGAGGUGUCCCGGGAGCGCGGGGAGCUGCAGGGCGAGCGCGGGGAGCUGCGGGCCCGGCUGGCGCGGCUGGAGCUGGAGCGGGCGCAGCUGGAGGCCCAGAGCCAGCGGCUGCGGGAGUCCAACCAGCAGCUGGACCUGAGCGCGUGCAGGCUGAGCACUCAGUGCGAGCUGCUGACGGAGCUGCGGAGCGCCCAGGAGGAGGAGAACCGGCAGCUGCUGGCGGAGGUGCAGGCGCUGAGCCGGGAGAACCGGGAGCUCCUGGAGCGCAGCCUGGAGAGCCGGGACCACCUGCACCGCGAGCAGCGGGAAUACCUGGACCAGCUCAACGCCCUGCGCCGUGAGAAGCAGAAGCUGGUGGAGAAGAUCAUGGACCAGUACCGAGUGCUGGAGCCUGGGCCCCUGCCCCGGACCAAGAAGGGCAGCUGGCUGGCAGACAAGGGUCGAGGUCCCUGGCCCCCAUGCGCCGGGCCCAGAGCUCCCUGUGUCUGCGGGAGACCCUCGGGCAGCGCCGAAAGCUCAGCUCUCGCUUCCCUACGGGCCUCAGCUCGGAGUCCUUCAGCCCCGGAGACACCCCCCGGCAGCGAUUCCGACAGCGGCGCCCUGGGCCCCUGGGGGCCUCCAGUGUCCUCGGCAAAGGACCUGGCAUGGGGUGGGACAGCUCUGUUGAGACCUUGGCAGAACACGAAGCGGAUGCCAGCCGAGAGGGCCUCGAGGAGCCGGAGCCGGAGAAACGUCCUCUUGCCUCUUCGCUCAGCCAGUGACACCACGGGGCCCCCGGGGACCUGCAGGCCUCAGUCUUCCCGCAGUCGGAGCCUCAGCGGGGGCUCGCGGCUGGCCAGCAGCGUGGGGGACCAGGGCCCUGGAGGCGGGUCCUUGGCUGGGGAGUCCUGUUGGGGGGCUCACCCGCAGAGAGGGGGUGAGCCUGGGGUGGAGGGCGAUGGCGGUGUCCCAGUAGCAGCUCCCAGGGGCGGCUGCAGUGGGUCUGGGUGCUUCUCAAGGAGAAGGCUGUCUGUAGGGGUGCCCUCCGCUGAGGGUGGCCGGUGGGAGGGGGCAGCGGCGCUCCCUGCCCGGUCCAGGUGGGGCAUCUCCGACGGCUGCCUGGGUCCUGCCCGGAGCCUUUGAAGAGACAGUGCUGUGGAGUAAAGUCGUGGUCACCUG